AUGUCUAGUCCGGACGAGAAACGCGCUCCAGACGGCGGGGGAGGGGAGAAUGGAAUUCCUCAAGCGGACGGGUCCCCCGCGAGAUCGAGCACUUCGGCGUCCGACAAGGCAUCGAAUCGCUCGACUACUGGCAAGCGAUUUUUCCCGUGGCUUUUACCUGCUCUCAAGAACCGGCGUACGCUCAAGACCUGGGCCCGAUGCACUAUUGUACUUCUCGCGGCGAUGAUACUGCUCGUAGACCAGGAUACGCUGGCGACUAUGGGACAGGCAGGAUUCUUUGCUGCCCUGGUCUGCGUGAUGCUACCCCCGAAUCUUGCCCUUCCCCUUUGGACGAUAGCGGCCGCCACGCUGCUCAUCGGAAUGUGUUUGGGUUGGGCCUGGGGAAUCGCCGCCAUGGCGAGCGCAAACAACGUCCGGAGCCAAUCUCGCCUACUCGCCGCACAGCAGGAGAUGAUACAGAACAAUGUCACACAAUAUCUCGACCAGCAAAUAUGGAUAUUCCAUGGGCAUUUCCUCGACCCGCGGUCGUCUGCCGUGUACGGCGCUUUCCUGUUCAUUGGCGCCUACUUUAUGGGCACCAUUCGUGCGCAUUUCCCUAAACUGGCGCUCCUUGCAAUAUUUGGGACGAUUGUCAUGGACGUGAUGUGCUCGUACGGACCUCUGCUUCCCCGGACGAACUACACCCUCGCCAAACUAUUCAUGAUCCCCGCCUCCUACUACGUCGCAUGUGCGAUAGCCGCUCUCAUCCUGAUCUUCCCGGAGAGCUUAAACCACGUCUGGUUGACGAGCCUUGAAACCAACAUGUGGCAGCCCAUCCUCGACAUUAUCGCUCUUCAGGAUGAGGCUUUGGGCAAGCGGCCUUCCGAUCAUAGUAGCUGGCAGGCGCUCACUGGCCGCGGUCGCGCUCUUGGUGGAAAGCUCGACGCAGGCGUGCAAGGGCUCGUCGGCCAGGUCAAGCUUGCCGGCGUUGAAUGGUCAAUGGGCCGCCUUGGUCCGGGCGAUCUGAAGAAGAUCAGCAAGGGCUUGGAAUCGCUGGCCUUCCGCGCGACGUGUCUCUUGUCUUUCCAGCGCUUUGUCGACGAGACGAAUGCUGCCGAUGCGAGGGAUGCUGAGUUGCUUGAGAAGCAGGCGAACAGCGCACCUGGUUCGAUCCCUAUCGAUCGCUUCACCCUCCUUCGCCGCCGUAUCAAGGAGCGGGAGGCCAUGCACGGACAUAAUUUGGACGCCCUGAUGCCUAUAUUGGCUCACGCCUCCGAGGGUUUGAGAGCCGCAGUUGCUGAAGCGGCCUUGGAAGCUCAACAAUGGGGCGCGGACUGCAACCAUGGACGCUGGUCUGGCUGGUUUUUUGCGUGCUUCGGUCAACGUCGCAAACUCAGGGACAAGGUGAUCGACCGUCGCGCGAAGGUCGGGCGCGCCCUUGGAGCUCUUGAGCGCGAGCUUGAGAUUUUCCGAACGGUCACUCGCAAGGAGCUCCUCAAGCCGUACGAGAAGUGCUUCGACCCGGAGACGCGCGCAUUGAGGGAGGACAUCGCGCGCGGCGGCAAAGGGCACCCGGACAUGUUUGCCGUUCAGUCCCUCUUCACCUGCUUCGUCUUUAUCGACACCCUCGACGCCUUCUCCGAGCGCCUCGCCAUGGUCAUGCGCCGCAUCCUCCUCCUUGACCCGCGCCGCGAGAUGGCGCGCCUCUGGGCGCCCGCCGGCCUUGGCGCGAUCGCGCGCAAGCUCUUCUCCGACGACGACAUCGGCGUGGAGAACGCGAACGCGGUCGUCAUCGGGCUCGGCGUCGACCGCGAUCCGGCGAACUUCGACCGGGACUGGCGCACGAGUACACGGACGAGCAGCGUGCGGCAGGAGGGAGAUGGGACGACGACGGAUGGGGAGGAGAGCGAUUCGGAGGUGGAGGAGGAUGAGGGGGCGGAGGUGAGAGCGAGGGAGGCGGAGAAGAAGAGGAAGGAGGCGGCGAGGGUGAAGGCGAAGGAGAAAAAGAAGAAGGAGCAGGACAGUCCCAAGAGAGUUCAGCGUGAGCUUGUUGAUGCGUGCCGUAACCCUGACGCUCUGCCGCCGACCUCGACUAUGGGACGCAUUGGCAUGCGCUUCGCGCGCAUCAUCCGCGGCAUGAAGUCAGACAACGGUGUCUUCGCCUUCAAGUACGCUCUGGUCUCCGUCGCUCUGUGGAUCCCGCAAGUCUGCUUCUCAAGUGCCUGGCUCACCUACAAGGAAAAGGGCCUUUGGGCUCUGAUCAUGGCGCAAACUGGUCUCUCCGUCUACGCGGGCGAUCAGAUUGGCGGUUACGUCAUUCGGCUGAUUGGCACUGGCAUUGGCUUGCUGCUCGGGAUGGCGGUCUGGUACAUCGGUGCGGGCAAUGGCGAUGGUAAUCCGUAUGGGAUUGUUGCUGCGACGGUCGUCUUCAUCUCGCCCUUCCUCCUUGCCCGUAUCGCGGUGCCUCCGCAGGACAUGAUCAUCUACAUGAUGACCGGUGUUACCGCUGUCUUCGUCGUUGGCUUCUCUUGGGUGGACACGCACAUCCUUGCGCAGCCCGCCAAUGCCGGUAUUGGCGUGGAACUCGGUUGGAAGCGAGCGCUACUCGUUAUCAUCGGCUUCACUGCCGGCUUCAUCGUCAUGCUCUUCCCGAGCCCUACUUCAGCACGUCUACUCGUAAGGCGCACUCUCGCCGCGACAUUGCAGGAGCUCGGCUCGGUAUUCGCUGCCGAAAUGGAGACCUUCCUUGCUGAGGAGGCGCGAUACCAGCGCGCGCUCAAGGGCUUUGACUCCCCGUCAUCGGAAGUCGCUGCGCCGUCGGGUGAUGAUCCGGACAGGCCUGCGUACAGGUUCCUCAACUCGAACAAGGAGGCCAAGAUUCGCAAGCUGGGCGACCGUAUUCUGGGUGUGCAGACGAGGUUGCAGGCGCUCGCACCAUCGCUGAAGACGGCGAGGUGGGAGCCUCAAGUACAGGGCAUGUGGCCGCAUACUCAGUACGAGAGGCUGUACGCCAACCAGAUGAAGCUGCUUUCGAGCAUCGUCCUUCUGGUGGGCACGAUGUCACGCUUGGAUCCCAAGUGGUGCAGCGUCCUUGUGCACCGCACACCUUUCCUCAAUCCGAACCUGCUCGCCGACGCAUUCUCGACCAUCGCUAUUCUUUCUCAAUCCUUGAUGACCGCGCAGCCUAUCCCUGGUGUCCUACCUCGCAUUCGCGAUCGCAUGGUAUACCAUGAGCGUCAUAAGGAGGCGUAUGGGGCUCAGGGUCGGGGGGCACAUCCUCGCGUCCAGGAGGCGCGACCUCCUACUGGGACCGAGGAGAACGUGGAAGAGCUCGACUUCAGUGGAGGCAAGGUCGAUGGAUCAACCAUCGGCUUCGAGCAGCUUACGCUUGACGUGUUGUUGGACGACCAACUCCCGGCGCAUUCCACCGCUGUGUUGGCCCUUUCCAGCAUCGUUGGGCUCCUUGACGAAAACGCGAGCAUAGUUCGCGAGCUCUGCGGUGAAACCAGUCUCGCGGGGAUCGAGUACCUUCGCGACCAGUAUUUGAGCCGGGAGGAGAACACCAUCGCCUCUGACUUCGCAGCCCGCAUGCAGAACCUGAAGGCGCCACCAUUGUAAUCUCGAGACGACCCUUGUUUACUACUCGUAUACUACAGUCACAAACUUGUAAUUCGGCUUAUACCAACCUAUCUAUCGGGAGAAUUGUACACCCGCAUUGCGACAGUCAAA